CGGCGAUCACCUUCACACCUUCAACUUCGAUGUAUUUCGCAUCUCUAUCUGGUUGACCAUAAAAACCCCUCACUGGGAUUUUCUGUUGGUUACUGUUGCUCGCUUCAUGGCCAAUGUGCUUGCCUUGCCCGGGGAAAUUUGGGAACAGUGCGCUUACUAUGCUCUCGCAACCGAACCUUCUUUCCUUGGACCACCAUCUGGCCUGACUUCCAUCUUGCUAAUCUGUCGCUGGAUCAAUGAUUCCCUCUGUUUCAGUAAAAACCCACGACUUUACGCCCGCCUUUUCUGUUUUAAGUUUGACAUUGAUGCUCCUCGACGACGUCUCCCGCCUCGGUGGCUGACGUCGCAAUGCUUGGCCGCCGAAUUCCACAAACGGAUCGUGACCUUGAAACGUAUCCGCCAUUGCGAGGAGUAUUCUCUGCAUGACUUGUGGACGUGUUACUUAAUGAUGUCAGAAAAUGACGGUCGUAAUGAGCGCCAGCUCGAAUGGGCCCGAAUCCCCGAGUAUCUUGCUCAAACCAUCUUAUUGCGGAUCCCGUCGGGGCCUCACGGCGCUAGUCUCUGGUAUGAAGAUUCUGAAGCGACUUCCCUCAUAAUUUGGCUUUUUUGGAUGUUGCUUUCUCCAAAUUUUCUGUCGACUGAACCCGUCAGACUCCGAGGCUUCUGGACGCAAACGCUCUUGCACACUUUCAUAGCUGCGGGUUUCAGAUUUCCUUCAAUAUAUGCCCCCGACACUAUUCUCCAUUUACCAAUUUCCCCUCACGCCUAUCCUCUCCCCCCGAUAAUAUCUGGUCCUAAUCCCAGCAAUACGAUUAUUGUACAUUAUUGGCAUAGCCUGACUAUUGCGGCGCCUGUGUUGACGCCUGCAGCUUUGCUUUUAUGGACCGUAAGGCAAGAAAUGUUCCAGCAAGCACACCCAUUGGACCAUAGCAUUCUGGAUCGGUUCCCUGCUGAUAGACAUACCGCCAAUGCCCCCGGUGUCAUGGGUCCGACCGUGGAAGAUCUCACGGAAUUUCAUCAGCUAAGAAUCUGUUCCCCAGGGCCGCUUCCGCUUCCACCUCAUGCGACCUUCGAUACAUAUGAUAUAUUCUACUCCGAUGAUGGUAAUCUUGAAGAUGAAGAUGAACCCCAUGAGCCUCGAGGUUCCAUGCGUUACGAGCACGACUGGUAUCGCGAGGUUUCGUGUUACGAUCUAUUCGCUCUCCCAAGCGCCUUACGGGGCCCAGUUUUCUCCCUCGGCUCCUUGACGGGAUCAUGGGCUGGACGUUGGGUGCUCACGAAUAUUGAAUCCCAUAUGGACUUGUUGCGUGACCCCUCCAGCGUGGAUCCGCGGGCCUUGCCCCUGCACAACAAACCGCUCUAUUGGAGACUGCAAGAACACCAUUGCUUCGAAGCGACAGAACCCAUCGCUCCAGGAACAGAUGAAUACAACGGUGACGAUAUUUUGAAUGCAUGGUUGCCAAGAGGUCACCGCUUGACACAUGUGGACGGCGCGAUCGAGUUCUACGAUUCUGAAAAUAACCGCAAAAUACGAUAUGAAACAUUUAUUCCCAGAGGAACUAGAGAAGCACCAUACCUCAAGCCUGCAUGCGAGAGGCCCCACCCACAGUGGAUCUUGAACGACUGCGACGAGAUCGCCUCCGAUGAAAUCACGUCCCCUUCCAAAUACGAAACGCAUUUCCAUGGGCGGCACACCGGCGAGGCGGUGGCGGGAAUAAAUGGCGCCACCGAACCAUCAGAUGAGUAUGUUGAUACGGUUUCGCACCGUAGCAGUGGUGUAGCCGAUAUCCUGGUCACCGGCGAGACCGGUCAACGGCAUGGUGAUGCUUGGGGUCAUUAUAGCAUAGUGGGAAGAGUAAGGCCCUGGGAUGGAUUAGUCGUGCUGUUACAAAAGCCGGCCGAUCCUAGAAAUGCACACUUCGGGGAGUGGGUUUUCAAAGGAUAUAUUCACGAUCAGAAUUUUGUAGGUCGUUGGCGCGAAACGACCACCUCUGCCGACAUUGUAGGAUACGAAGGGGGUUUUGUUGUGACAAAGGCUUGCUGAUAAUGAAAGUUGGACUUCGCGAACUGUUUCUACGUGAUAUCUACCGUUAUGUUCAUUAAUAGCAUUGGAUAGGGUAAAUUGAUACAUCAAUUGAAAUCAUUUGUGAGUUGCAAAGUUGCGG